CAAAAGAUGAACUCGCUUCGUACAGCAACAGUGCAGAUCCUCCCCCAGCCCCAGUGGCUUAUUUUACCGUACAACCUCAGUCUCAGUUCCAGUCAGAGCCAAUCAUUGUGAAGAACGCAACAGUUGUGAUCGCCCAGCCAUCUUCUGCUACAAUAGUUGAGGUUCCGGAUAACCUGAGACUUGCUCUGUUCACCUGUUGCUUCUGUUACCUUCCUUACGGUUUAGCAGCCGUUUUUAUGGCGAUUCAG